ACAGACACGGUGUAGAAAAUGGUGAUCAGGUGAUGACAGGAAGUGAUGUCACCUGAGUGAUUUCCUCCUGAUCUCUGUGGAUUGUUCUGAUCUCUUUGGAUCUCUCUCCAUCGUUCGGUGUAUGGCGUCCCUCAGAUUACCGCGACUGUGCUGUGCCUCCAGAGAUGGCGGUACAGACCUGGUCCUCCCCUCCCCCACUUAUCACAUGGUAUGCGGGUGCAGCGCUGUCCUGGGCCUCCUGGGUCUGGCCUUCUCCUUCCAUCCAACCAACGUCCGGGGUCAGAGGGCCGCGAGGAGAGGUCUUCUGGCCGGCGGUCUGCUCAGCACAGGAUUAUUGGUACAUUCCGUCCUCUGGCUGAGUCUUCCCGACUUCUUCUCCAAUCAGAACUCCUGGCCGCCCCACAUCCUCUGCAUCCUCAUCACUACGUGGAUCCAUUACUUCUGCUGCGUGGUAUUUUGGGCUUUUUUCUGUUACUCUCUGGAGGUCACUCAGCUGCUCAGUCCCAACCCCUCGGAGAGGUGUGGAAGGCUGAUCACCUUCCUGUGUUGGGGAGCUUCCAGCCUCGUGUUCCUCCAUGGUCUUCUCAUGAUGAUUCCUUCUGAACAAAG